AGCGCCGGGUCAGGGGUGAUCCCGGGAAUGGUGUUCAGCCUGCGUCCAGUCCGGAGCCCGUGGCACACCGGAAACCCGGCCGAGGGAGAUUGCAAUGGCCCAAAGGAUGUUCAGAACACAUUUGCUAUUCUGCUUUUCUAUGACUGCAUUCUUCAUCUCUGUCCUAGCUGAGGAACAUGUAGGAGAGAGUCAACAUUCAAAUAUUCGCCUUGAUAAGAAUUUGGUACAAGAUAAAGAACACAUCAUGGAACACUUGGAAGGUGUUAUUGAGAAACCAGAAUCUGAGAUGUCUCCCCAAGAGUUGCAGCUCCAUUACUUCAAAAUGCAUGAUUAUGAUGGCAAUAAUUUGCUAGAUGGGUUAGAACUUGCUACUGCUAUCUCACAUGUCCACAAAGAGGAAGGUGGUGAGCAUACCCAAGCAAUGAAGGAAGAAGAGCUGAUUAGUCUAAUAGAUGAUGUCUUGAGAGAUGAUGACAAGAACAGUGAUGGAUACAUUGACUAUGCAGAAUUUGCAAAAUCACUGGAAUAAGGGUUUGUUUCUCCUCCUAACCACAUGAAAAUGUGAACCAGUAUAAUGUGAUUCAUUACUGUCUCAUAUCAACCUCUGUGCUGUGAGAAGGAGAGGUGUACAGUCCCCGCUGAAUUUAUUUGAAAGUUGUAUGUGUCAAGAGUUUUGCUAACUUGGAGUGAGAGCCAUGUUUGACUAAACAUUACUAUGCAUUUGAAUCAUGAAGCAUGGAAGUGUCAAUAGUACUCACACGGGAUACAGCAGGCAAACUCCUAAGUAGCUCUUUAUGAAUACUAAAUAGAAUCAUUAGCGUCUAAAUUUCAGGUUUUCAGUCAUUGGGUUUUAUGGUUCUUAUUUGCUUACAUCUUCUGUUUAAAAUUAUACCUAGAAAGCAAGACAUUAUUGCUGCAUAUAGUUGUAUUCCAAGGGUAAAUGCCUUUACUUUCUCUCUAAUUUACAAGGAAAUCUGCAGAUAAGUAAAAGUGCUUGAAACAGCAGUUGUAGAGGGAAAGCAUUUGAGUGUGGGUUAUGUUUGAGUUCCACAUGACACCAUGGGGACUCAAAGUCUUUGAAUAAAUUGAGUAUUUUAAAAUACAUGUGCUUCCUAGCAUACCCUUACAUAUAAAUAUAUAUAUACAUAUGUUUUUCAAUUUUUUGUCCUCUACAAAUUUACUUUUUAUAUCUUCAUUUACUGGGUUUUUUUAAAUCUACCUUUCAUGUUUUCUUAAGAAAAUGGAAGUAUUUUUAUUACAUUUAUAUGUUGUGUUAAUGCUGUAUAGCAUUUGCUAGAGUAGCUUCUGCUAUCUCAUUUUGAAUUAUAGAAUGGCCUCAGUUGGAAGGGUCCUUACAGAUCAUUCAGUUCCAACAUCCUUGCCAUGGUCAGGGACACGUUUUUACUAGUCCAGGUUGCUCAGGUGCUCCCUCUCCAGGGUUAGGGCAUCUACAACUUCUCUGGGCAGCCUGUUCUACUGCAUUCCCACAUACACAGUAAAGAAUUUCUUCCCAACAUCUAAUCUAAACCUAGCCUCUGUCACUACAUACUCUUACAAAGAGUUCCAUUCCAUCUUUUUUGUAGGCUCCCUUCAGAUACUGGAUGGCUGCAAUUAAGUCAUCCCAAAGCCUUCUAUUUUCCAGGCUGAGUAAUCCCAAUUCUCUCAGUCUUUCCUCACAGGAGAGGUGCUCCAUCCCUUUAAUCAUCUUGGUGGCCUGCUCUGGACUCCCUCCAGCUGGUCUGUGUCCGUCCUGUGCUGGGUCCCCAGUGCUGGAUGCAGGGUUACAGGUGGGGUUUCAGCAGAGCAGAGGGGCACAAUCCCCUCCAGGGCCCUGCUGCCGACGCUGCUUUGGAUGCAGCCCAGGACAAGUUUGGCUUUCUGAGCUGUGAGUGCACAUGGCUGGCUCAUGUCCAGCCUUUUGUGCACCAGCACCUGCAAGUCCUCCUUACUGCUGCUCUUGAUCCCUUCAUCCUCCAGCCUGUGUUGACACCAGGGUUGCUCCAUCCAGAUGCAGCAGUUUGCACUUCAUCUUGUUAAACCUCAUAAGAAUUCCUGUAGGGCCCACUUCUUGAGCUUGUCCAGGUCCUUCUGGAUAGCAUCCUAUCUUUUAGGAGUGUUUUGAGGGUCACAUUAACAGUAAACCAGUUUAAUAUUAAAGCUUUUGUUCUAUUUGGGUUUUACAGUAUUAACCAGGAGGAGUGAGCAAGUAUUGCUGCCUUAUUAAGGUUUAAGUUCAUAUUCCUUGACACUUAAAUUAUGGUAUUACUUUCAGGAAGUAUUUCAUAAUUUAACAGUUUCAAGCUACUUGAGUGUUUUCAAAUUAUAAUGGCUCUAGAAAUGUUUUCACUGUCUUGACUCAAUAUUCAAUAAGUCAAGCAGUUUAAGGCUAUUAGAGCAGUGAUGUAUUGCUGUGUUAUUGAUAUUUGAUGACUGAAAUGUAACUGAAAUCUUAAAUGGCAUUCAAUGAUUAUUCAUUAAUAAAGAAUCUAAAUGUUAGCCUACUUCUGUAAAAUGUAUAAAGAGCUAUUUCUAUACAAAAUUAUUCUUAUACAAGAGAAACACAUUUGUAAAAGAAAUUGUUUCUUCUCUUUAAAUGUUUGUGCAAUGAA